AUGUGGAAUGAACAAUGCCAAGAUGCCUUUGAGAAAAUCAAGAGUUAUCUGAUGAAACCACCAAUACUUGUCCCACCAGUUCCUGAAAAGCCAUUGUUGUUGUAUCUCACCACUACAGAUACAGUAAUGAGGGCUUUACUUGCUCAAUACCUAGAGGAGACUAGAAAGGAGAAUGUGAUUUACUACAUCAGCAAGAAGAUGUUGCCUUAUAAAGAGAAGUAUUCACCAUUAGAAAAGACAUGUAUAGCACUCGUAUGGGCAACCCGUAAAUUCAGACAUUACAUGCUCGCUUACAAGGUCCCGUUGAUUGCAAGAAUGGAUCCUUUGAAGUACCUAAUGGAAAAACCUGUGCAAGAUGGAAAGACUGCUAAAUGGAUUUUACUUCUGUUAGAAUUUGAUAUUAAGUAUGUGACUCAGAAAUCUGUGAAGGGGAGAGCAAUUGUCGAUCACCUAGCCCAUUGUUCACCAAAAGAAGCUGAAGAGAUCCAAGGAGACUUCCUGGAUAAAGACAUUAUGGGGAUUGAAGUAGAAUCAUGGAAGAUGUAUUUUGAUGGAGCAACAAAUCAAAACGGAAGUGGAAUUGGAGUUCUCUUAAUUUCUCCAAAGGGGACACACAUUCCAUUUUUUGGCAGACUCAACUUUCCUACCACCAACAAUGCCACAGAAUAUGAAGCUUGCAUUAUGGGCCUACAAGCAUCCUUAGGCCUAGAAGUGAAAGAGUUGGAGGUGUAUGGAGACUCAGCUCUAAUAAUCUCUCAGUAUGUGCUGGGGAUGAAGAAUCAAAUUGCAGAUGCUUUAGCAACCAUGGCAUCCAUGAUGGAUGGGCCAAAAAAAGAUGAAACUAGAUCGAAACAAAAAGAAGAACCAGCCUACUACAUGACAAUAGAAGAAGAUGAGGAAAGGAAUGGGGAAGGCGAAUGGUAUUCAGACAUCCUACAAUACCUCAAGGAUGGAACAUACUCGGAGUCUGCAAACCAGAAUGAUCAGUUAACCAUCUGGAGGUUGUCUACUAAUUACAUCAUUUGUGGUGAAAGGCUUUACCGAAGAUCAUAUGAUGGAAUUCAUCUCCUUUGUAUAACUGCCAAGGAAGCACAACAGAUAAUUAAAGAGGUUCAUGAGUCAAGUUAUGGGCCACAUAUGAAUGCACACAUGCUGUUAAGAAAGAUAAUGAGGCAGGGUUACCACUGGACCACUAUGGAAGCCGACUGUAUGGCUCAUGUUUGA